AUGAGAUCGGCAACUUCUCAGUUACAGGCGCGUUCCGUCUCUGUUUCGCUGAACAUGUCCCUGACCCGCAGCGAACCGGAUGAACGAAAUGAGAGAAUGGCUCCAGCUAAGCUAAAUCAGGAGCUACUGCAGUCGUGCAUGCGCGAGACGGAUGUGUCUAUGUCACAGCUGAAAUUCUUUCGGCUCAGCCUGCUCUUCAAUGAUAACAACAACGGGGAGAACGAACUGGCCCUGGCACCUGGCGACGGUGCUGAUGCUGAGCUGAGCACGGGCAAUAAUCUGCCCGACUUGGACUAUGGCAAUGCGACACCAUUUCUGGAUUUGAAGCGUAAUGAGCCGCUGCAGUGUUUUGUGCGCUGCCUAUACGAAAGCCUGGGCCUGGUGCACUAUGACAUGAUGCUAGAGGAGGCAUUCCGAAUGCAAUUGCAGGGCCUCAUGCAACGCCUGAAGCCAGAGCUGAAGGAGUGCAGGGACAUGAGCAGCAAGAAUCGCUGUGAGGCCGCCUAUAAGUUGCAUUUGUGCUACAAUCAUCUAAAGAAUCUGGAGACGGAGCAGCGACUGCGCGAGGUGCUCGAGCGCAGCGAAACUGGCGGCGAUCCGGCAGCCAUGGAUAAUGAGGAGAAUGAGAAUGAGAAUGUUGUGAGUGAAGCGGACAAGACCAACGAGAUCAGUCAGCGCUUCAGCGAAACAACGGCACAAGCAGCAUAA